AUGGCAUCAGGUGACGGGGCGCCGGUGACCCGGCCUGACCGAUCCCCGGAGCUCCGGCCGUCUGCGACACAAACACGGCGCCACGAUGAGUUUCGCACGACAUGAAAGACCGCGGAGUGGACAGCAGCAGACGUCCAGACAACUCCCUCGCAUGUGCAACUACUACAACCGUGGGGGAGGGUGUACCCGCGCCAAUUGCGAGGAACUGCACUUGUGCACAUACUUCCUUCAAAACAGAUGCAUAGCCGAGCGAUGCAACAAGGCCCACACCCUGGAGACGCCCAGAAACAAACGGCUGCUCGAUGGUCUGGGAUGGAAAGGUAUCGGUGACAUGGAGAUGGCGCUGGACAUCCUGCGCCGGCGGGAUCGAGCUCAGGCGGUCAGCAUCUGUUUCAAUUACAACAUGGGCAUCUGCCCCUCCACCGAAUGCGACCGGCUGCACGUCUGCUACCGUCAUGUAAUGGAUAAGCAAUGUUCGCCGGACGACUGUGACCUCAGUCACGACCUGGCGCACGGCUAUCACAACGCAGUCCUUCUAGCCAGAGCCGGUCUGAACGACACCCCCGAGACAGAGAUCCUCAGACAAAUGCAGGAGCAGGUGCGCCGCUAUCCGCCCCAGCCGAUGCUCUGUUACCACCACAAGGAACACUGCCUGCGACUACACUACUGCGAGGCGUUCCUGCACAGUCGCUGCAGGUUCGGAGACAGGUGCUACAAAGGUCACAGCCUGAAGGAACCGCACAACCGGCGGGUGCUCAAAUUCUUUGGCUGGACGGAGGAACAUGUUCUUGAAGCACUGAGGAAUGAUAGAGUAGGCGGAUCAGCGUCUCGUCCAGCCAGAGCUCAAACCUCAACUGAUCGAGACAACGACAGAGAAAGAUCCCACAGACACGACUCCUGUGAAGGAUCGCAGGGGCUAAGCGUUGAGACGCGUACUAAGAGAGCCGACCGCGCUAAAGUGAACACAACCCGCGAGGACGACAUACUUCACUCGUCGAACAAGCAACCAAAGCGACAUUACAAGGUGCAUGAGCAGGCAACCCGAGUGCACCCAAAGGGACGAGAAGACAGCGGCUCGAGCCAGCAGAUGGAGGCGGAGAGAAAGCAAUGGGAGGCGGAGAGACAGCAGUGGGAGGCGGAGAGACAGCAGAUGGAGGCGGAGAGAAAGCAGUGGGAGGCGGAGAGACAGCAGAUGGAGGCGGAGAGAAAGCAGUGGGAGGCGGAGAGACAGCAGAUGGAGGCGGAGAGAAAGCAAUGGGAGGUGGAGAGACAGCAGUGGGAGGCGGAGAGACAGCAGAUGGAGGCGGAGAGAAAGCAGUGGGAGGCGGAGAGACAGCAGUGGGAGCGAAAAGAGACGGAAUGGAAGGAAAAGGAAAGGGAUUGGAGGGAAAAGGAGAGGGAUUGGAAGGAAAAGGAGAGGGAAUUAGAGGAAAGGGAAUUGGCAUUGAAAGAAGAGGAGAGGGAAUUGGAGAAAAAGAAGAGGGCAUUGAAGGAAAAGGAGAGGGAAGUGGAGGAAAAAGAGAGGAACUUGGAGAAAAAGGAGAGGGAAUGGGAAAACAAGGAAGACGAACGGAGGAACAUGGAGGCAGAUUGGCGUCGAAAGGAAAAUGAAUGGACAGAGAAGGAAAUAAAGACCUUACAGGAGAAACAGCAGUGGCAGAGAAAGGAGACGGAAUGGGAUGAAAAGGAGACGGAAUGGAAAAACAAGGAAGUCGAAUGGAAGGAAAAGGAGGCAGAUUGGCGUCGAAAAGAAAAGGAAUGGACAGACCAGGAACCAAAGAUAACAAGAGAGCCACAACAAAGGGAAAGAGAAACAUACGAGACAGAGGAAAAAACGGGGGAAGAAGCUGAUGAUAAGCAUAGGCUAAGAACGAGCAAAAGAAAGACAAGGAACUUAAGCGACCAAAGUGUGAACAAGAAAAAGAAGAAGGAUCAAGGACAUUGACAAAAAAAAAAAUAAUCGCAGGAAAAGAGAUAACGAAAAGCUAUACAAAACCCGAUCAUAAAAGCAAUGAGAAGACCAUAUCUACUAUUCAGCAAAUCAAGAUUGAUUAUCAACGGCAGAUCGUCAGUGUACAAAUUUCAGACUCUGGUGAAAGAGCUGAAGGAUAAAGAUCAAAAGCAGAGAUCAAAUUAAAAACAGAAGAGGAUGAUAUGAAAAAGAAAAUUGAAGAGCUGACAAAACUCCGAAAACUGGUUAGAAAGCAGAAAGAGUACGUGAAAUGCAACGCCUAACUAGGCACCUUUGUUGGGCCAGUAACCCUGGAGUGUACCCACACAUUCUGCAAGACCUGCGUAGAAAAUACACCGAACCUGCUAAAGCAAUGCUCUCUGGCAUACCACCCGCUCACCAUCCACACAUACACGUACGCCGCGAGUGUCCGCUCUGCCGCAGGGUCAGAAACCUAAGUACAGGUCCCCAGUCUGGCUCUAAAGAACACAUCCGGCGCCUUCUCUGGCGAUCAGCAGCGAGUUGCCGCCAGUACAUAGACCAGCGACGCCGGCACCAGAAGAACGGCAAGGAGACCACGACCUGUCCGGUUUGUGAAUUGUUGACACGGAACAUUUGGUUCGCUUAUGGUGCAAGUUGGAAGACUCAAGGACACUGAGGGACAGGCACUCGGGUGUCACACUGUCACCGCGUGACACUUCAAAGAUAGAUUGUGCACAAUACUAACAGAGUUUAUGAAGAGUGAUGCACAGCACAAGUCUCAAAGUUCAUGCUACUGCGAAUCAAUUUUGGGUGUUUGACCUGACCGUGAACCAAAUAUGCAAAGUCCCAGACAUCCAAAAACCUUGCCGGUUGCUUUGUCAAUAUCCAGCAGACAAAUCAUCGGACAAUCAUCGGACGGGCGAGUUGGACAACGGUGUCAGGAAGCAGUGCCGACCGAACCCCGCCUAACGCGCCAGUGACAGAGGCCCUGUCCUGAUCAACGGCUUGACCUUCCAUGUGACAGUGAGCUGCCUGACCUGCCUCAGGAACGAUGUCUGACCUAACCGACAUGACAUCACUCAUCCGACGCCCACGAGAGUACGGCCGGGCUCUGGACAGGACUGUUUGAGAUCGACCUCAGGUAGCGUCGGGAGUGCUGGCAGGUGGCGUUCUGAUGUUGGUGAAAGGCACACUUCUAUGUCAGUGCCGCAUUUAUCCGCUGGAUUUCACAGGGUUUACCAGCAGUGUGUUGUUUGAAGGUUGUGCGCAAUGUGCUGAGCUAUUAUCUAGAUUGGAAAUAAUGAACUAUAUCACAUUGAUUAAUUUGUGCCCUACAAAAUAAAUGCAAAUGUUGGCUGAA